AUGUCGUCCGCGGGCGACGCGACGGAGCGGUCGUCGUCGUCGUCGUCGUCGUCGUCGUCGUCGUCCACGAUGAAUCCGUCGAGCGCGGCGACGGAGCGCGCGCUGGAGAUGGCUUCGGCGCUCGGGCAGCUCCCGAGCGCGCUCUUGUGGUCGUCUCGAGAGGUGGGCACGCGGGCGCUGGACGUUGGCACGCGCGUGGUCGGUCAGGGGAGAGGUCUGGUCGAUACCACCGUCUCGGCGGUGCUGAAAGGGAUGAACAUCGAGCGCGGGGUUGGGGUGGACGCGGAACGACGGACGAACGCGCGGAGGCGCGGGUCGGAUUCCGAGACGGACGACGUCUUAGACGACAUGACGGAUGUGUUGGAGAACGACGAGAUCGAUCACGGGGAGCCGUCGGUGAGUAUGUCCGUGCACGUGACACCGCCGAGCGUGUUAAAGCUGUUGACGCUGGACGAACAGUUGGAGCGGCAGCGACGUCGUUGCGCUGGGUGCUCAAGCAAGCUUCGGGUUCCUGAACGAGGGAACGCUCUGCGCGUGCUCACGGACGCGUUUCGGCCUUUUAGGUCGUAUCAACGAUGUGAGUACGACGGGUUCGUGUACUGCGACGCGUGCGCGCCGCCGACGUCGUUCGCGGUGAUUCCUUGGCGAGUGAUGGAAAAUUUCGAUUGGAAGCCUCGACGAGUGUCCAAUCACAGUCGAUGCUUCAUUGCUCGAAUCGAGAAAAUACCAAUCUUCGUCCCUCGAGACGUCGACCCGACGCUAUACGUCAAGUGCAAACCCCUGGCGGACUUUAGAGAUGCGAGAGUGCGCGCUCGAUGCGCCGUCGACGCGCUUCGAGCCGCCGGCGACUCGUCGUCAGCGCGCGCGCUCGCAAACGAGUUCUCCUCCUCCCCCGUCGCCCGCGCCGUCGUGGACGACGUCUUCGACGCCGAGGCAUUCUCUCUCGACUGCAUGUUCGCCGUGCACAAGAAUUCCAAAAACGCCAUCGCCGUCGUGCGCCGACUCGAGUCCGAGGCGACGAGGAGACGCAGAGCCGCUGUGCAUCCAUGA